AUGAGGGGUGUUGCUGCCUGGGAAGAGCUCUCCCAUGGUAAUGCCACCCGCGAGGUGUCCAAUGAUAAGGACAUGCCGGAUGAGCUGGCCGAAGAAUCUGCCUCGAUGCAGAAGGAUUUAAAACAUACCACAUCUUCGCACACCCUGUCGUUGGGCAAGGAAUUGCUAGAUGUCACUUUGGACGGCAGCUCUUUGCGUGAUUCAUCUACAAAGGCUCCUUCAUCCAAACGCUCCUCAGAGAGCACCUCCUCCAGACGCCCCUCCUCAUCAGACUUCGAAUCCCCCAAUGGUGCUGUCUGUCACGGCGCACCGAGGGGAAGCAGGAAGAGCGGUGCAGCUGAUCCAUGCAGUGAAGAAAAAAAAAUUCAAAAGGGGAAAUGUGUCUCUUCCCAAGUUGGCCAGCUGCACGAGAAGGGUGAUGUGGUGAGGAGCGUCCAUGGGGAGAGCGCAGCGGAGGGAGCAGCUCAAGGGGACGCCCCCAUGUUCAGGCAUUUCUCUUCUCAGGAAAAUUACGUAAGAGGAGAGGACAAGUCGUGCGGCAGAGCUCAAAGGGGAAGCGCCAUACCGAUUCCUAACAAUGUGAUAUCUGAUGAGAAGAAGGCGAAUGCAGUCAUUUCGAGCAAGCAUGGCGGGAAGACCGGCAGCAGCAAGAAGAAUGGUGAUGGAGGUGGCGGUGAUGACCCGGACGACCGUGGGAACAAGAGUGAGAGUCAUGUUAAGAACAAAAAAAGGAAAAAAAUCUCCCUGUUCGGUCAGGUCAAACCAGUAGAUAUAAUCAACCGAGGAGUAGACGCUUACCCGAUUUUACGUAACCAGCAGAACCUAUAUGUUGAUGUUCUCAUCAUCGGGUCAGGUAUCUCUGGACUCGCUGCCUCCUACUACCUAAACAAAUGUAAUGCAGAUGUAUUAGUCAUUGAAGGAAGGAAUCGAAUUGGAGGAAGAGCCUACUCCACCAUUCUCCCUGAGCGAAUAAUAAAUAACAACUUGCUCCCAGAAACGGUGGUAGAUUUAGGUGCUAAUUAUAUGCACUGUUGCGAAAAUGAAGACAUACCGACGGAGAAUAACGUGCAUUCAAAUGAGGGGGAAAGAAUAAACGAACGGUUCUGCUCCACAAAAAAGGAGACAGUGUCCAUGGGUACUGAUAAAGGGACAAAUGGGAAGAGUAAGAAAAAAAGGAGAAAAAAAUUUUUUACAGGAAAUAGCAAGAGGGUGAAAUGUAGAGUUCCCCCUGAUGAGAAGCAGUUGCAUUUUCUCGACCCAAAUAAUAUAGACCAAAUGGAGAAGUGCUUGUCAAAUAAUGUGCUCUUGUUCAGGCAGAAGUAUGAGCAGUUGAUGGCACGGUUUGGGCAGAUUCCCCUGCAUGGGAAGGCCAACCAGCAAGGCAAUGAUCAUAUAGGGGAGACGCACUCCCUACAACAAGAUGGAAGCAGGCUCGGGGAGAGAUGCACUCAACGCCCAGGCGAAGACGACGACGCGCAUCACUCAUACAGCGACUGCAACUACUUCCAAUCAAGAAAACAAAAAAAGGAAAAAAAAAAAAAAAUCAGAAAAAAUAUCCUUUUCAUGGUGAAGUACAACAUUGACAAUAUAUGCCACCUGUACAGUUACAUAUACAGACAAAGGGGUUGGAAAAAAACGAAAAAAGAUUUAUUAAAUUUUUUAAAAGACAUGGAUGAAAAUGUGUAUCUCUAUACCUACCUGAGUGACAGCUGCCUCAGUGACGAUUCUUUCUCUUCCUCUGUCCACUCCCCCUGCGGAGAUAUACAAAGCUCACUCGUUAGUGGACCACAGCAAUGGUCGAAAAGUGAAAAUAAAAAAUUUAAAAUACUCUCCGUCAAUAAAGAUGCAAGAAGGAGAAGAGCCUAUGACAAGUCCGUAACUCAACUGGCAACUAAAUUGAAACCCCAAAUUUCUUUGGUCUGUGGAAAGGACAACUGGGAAUCCACCUUCUAUGCUUAUUGGUAUAAUAACGAAAAUGGAAAACAAAUUAAGAGCUUUAAAAUAUAUAGGAUGAAUUUACUGUGUGAUAAAAUUAGGGUUAGAGCUGCCAGGAAGAUUAGAGCAUCUCUCUUCAUAAAUAAUAAUGGGGAUGAUCCAACCGUCGAUAAUUUUCCGUCAUGUAUGAAUUUCGCACAAGGAGCAACCCAUCAUUUGGGAAAGGACAAAGAGUACCACUCGGGCUCCGUGCAGGUGGGAAAAGGGGCGCAAGGUGGGUAUACAGUAAAGGGGAAAGAGCAGAUAGCAGAGGUGCAUAAAUCGUGUGAGCCGUGUAGUGGGGAGAAACAGAAUUCCACAGAAGGAAGCAUCACGUCGCAACUUACCAGUACGCACAUUGGGGAAGAACAAAGGGUGAAGCAAAUGAAGGUGACGGGUGAUUGCAGAUCGAACAAGAGGAGGACGUGGACUGGAAGCGGAGUGGAUAACUACGACAAAGAUUCAAUCAUUUAUGAAAACUACUACGAUUAUGGAGAGGAAUAUUAUCGCAUUGUGAGAAAGGCAACUCAAUCAAUCGUGCAAAGUGAUAAAAAAGACAUAAACAAAACAUUUCUCUUUAAGGAAAACAAACAACGGAGAAGCAUGUGGGAUCUGUUAAUCGAAUGUACACAAGAGAUACUUGAAGAAAUGAAUAUCCACCAGGAUAACUUGUCCCUAGAGGAGUGGAAAAUAUUAAUGGUCAUGCUACAGUCGAGGUAUGGCUAUGGAAGUGAUUUAAGGGAGACAUCCAUAGCCAUGUGUAGACUUCCAUUGUCCACCUACAUGGAUAUUGACGUGUGUGAAAACUAUGGUACCAAUGAUUAUAUUUUAAAAAAUUUAAAAUACUACAAUAAAAUUAGAAAAUGUGAGCAGAUGCCUCAUGUUGCCAGUUUUAAGGAUAGCACUAGUGCCGAUCAGAUAGUCCUAGACGGGUGGAAGUGGCUCAUAAAUUUUUUGUCUGAAGAUGUACAGGACAAAAUUCUCCUCAACACAGUGGCUGAAGUGGUUCACAUAAAGGAGGAACGUACAUUUUGGCAAAACAACUCUGCAUUUGUUCAUGAUUCUGAUCAGCAGGGUGAUCCUUCAUUGAUUAACACACCGGGAGAGUUCCCUCCAGGUGGGGGCCCCCAACCUGGAACCUGCAUGAACAACUCCCCGCAUUAUGUAAAGGACUUGAAUAGAAACGACCUAAAUGGUGAUGUCUUUUGUGAGGGUGCAGUGCAGGACGGCAAGGGGAUUCACUUUUCCCACAACGCACACAAAAAUGGGACCCUCAAAAGGGAUUACGAAAGCAGAAGCGGCGGAGAGCCCCGCCAAGGCGUCCAUGUACUGCGAAAUCGGUGUCUACCAGGGGAAACCCAAGAAAACUACAACGUCAUGGUGCAGUGCAAAACCUACGAUACCUCGAAGAAACAAAUCAACAAACAUUUCCAUGGGACGUCCGAUCUCACCAAUUGCAACUAUGCCAAUGUAAAUAUCUUUGCCAAGUAUGUCAUUGUUGCCUUACCACUUGGGUGUUUAACAAAUAAUGAGAAAAAAAAAAAGAAAAAAAAAUCUUAUGUGCAAUUUGAGCCCAAGUUACACCCACUCAAAAUUAAAGCAUUGAAUAAUUACAGAAUGGGGAACCACAACAAAAUAAUUUUACGAUUUUAUCCAUUUGAUUUUGAUUGGCCAUUUGAUAGCUUACAGCUAAAUUGUAUAGACCAGAAAUUUCAGUUCCUCAAUUUGCAUGCCUAUGGAAAAAUUGGCUGCAUUUUAGUACACUGUUUUCCUCCCUGGUCAUGCACCUAUGGGUAUAUUAAAAAGGAACAUUAUAUAGUAAACGAAUGUUUGUACACUUUACAUAAGAUGUUCGAGAAUACUGGAAAAAAACUACCCAUCCUCGUUGAUUACUUAAUUACCAAAUGGCAAGAUGAUAAUUUCUCCUUUGGUUCGUAUACCUAUCCCCAUGUCAACUGCACUGAUAAUGAUUUAAUUUACUUGAGGGCUCCGCACCCGAUUCAUAAUCCUAAGGUCGUCUUCUGUGGGGAGUACUUGUCCAAAAGUUAUUUCCAGUGUAUAGACGGAGCUUACGACACAGGCAUACGGGCAGCUGAAGAUAUUGCACACAUUGGAUUGAAGUUGAGAAGCACCGACACCAAGUCCUACAAUACGGAUGUUUUUUUCUUCCCACAAAAUACCUGCCCAUUUACCAACAUACCUUUGCCCAAGAUAACAAAUAACUUACUUGGCUUUUACAUUACGGAUGGAAGUGAUGAAGCGCUCACUGAUUAUGAGAGCUCUUCGGAGGAUGACGACGUGGCGAACAUUUCUCACAUCCCUUUGUCUCUCCUCAAGGGGGAACACGACUUUUUGUCCUACUCACUAAAAAAAGUUCUCAAAUUUUUCGACCAUCUGAAGGCUGACGCCAUUUCCAAAUCUGAUGAUGUGGAGGAAACGACAGGAAGAGUCAGGGAGAAGCAGAGGAACGUAGAGGGAGAUGGCAUACCUGUAGGGCAAACCGGUACAGGUAUGCUUAAUCACAAGGUUGAGUCCCCACCGUGGAAUGGGGACUUCGCCGAAGAUUUAUCCCGCAAAUGGCUGGUCCCUUGGCAAGCCAAUUUAACUCCAGGAAAUCGCUUAACUGGGGCACGCAUCCGCCCCGAACGUCUGCAAUACACACACGACAGGAGCGCACUGUGCACAUCUCUGAGCAACUACGACGAGUUCAGCCUAUACGUGGACAAAUACAUAAUCAAAUUGAAUGACGUGAUUUUCCACAAUCACAACGGAAAUGAAUUAAAUUCGAUAAAAAAAGAAAUCAUAGCACCUGUUUUUUUGAAAUCGAAAUUUAUGCUCUCCCGAUAUUUAUCAUCCGUGUUGAGCAAAUACCAGCACUUUAGAAAUAUUGUACAGGGGGAACUACUUGCGAAAAUUGAAGAGGCGAAGGAUGUACUUAUGGACCAUUUCGAAUGGAGCAAUGUGCCGCCAAGUGCUGGUUCGGUCUUCCCCUUUUUAAAUGAAAAAACAACAUAUCAGCGAAAUGCGCAAAUGAGUGAAGAGAAAAAAUGCGAAAGUGUAAAAAGUCGUAUUUUGCCCGAACAGACAAGGUGCUGGACGUACAGUGGAUAUAAACAUGCAAGUUGUGGAACACAUGAUGAGAUUUUAUCCCACGCCGUAUCGCCUAACACUGGGGAGGUUAUACAAAUUGGUGAAGACAGCCUGAACGGUUCAUGUAAAAAAGAACAAAAAAUGACCGAGGGGCAUAACAUAUACGAAAAAACUAUGAUCAGUUCAGAAAAAAACACAGAAAAAGAAAAUGCACACAUACAGCUAGCUACAAUGAAAAAAGAGAAAAUAAAUCACAUGUAUGCUCAAAAUAGGAAAAUAAGAGAACUGAAUAUAUACUUGAAAUAUUUCUUAAGUCAAAAGUUCACAUCAGAGAAAGGUGUAGAGGAAAAUAUCACAUACAUAAAUAAAUAUCAAAGAAUUAAAUUAAACUGUACAGGAAUUCUCUUUUUUUUUUGUUAUCUUUUGAAAUAUAUAAUAAAACAAACAAAAUAUGAUACUCACCACUCUUUUAUUGACUCGAGUGUGAUCAUUCAGUUGUUGUGCGACUACACAUACCACUUGAUGUUUUACAAGCAUGAUGUUUUGUGUUAUAAGUGCGUGAAUGGAGGGGAAUUAAUCAUGUGUGAUUUUUUUGGUUGCACUCAGGGAUGGCAUUCCUACUGCUUAUGCUCCAAAGAGACAGCAGAGGAGGAGAAGUCGGACCGUAAGUGGAUCUGUCCCAGCUGCCUGAGUACGAAGUUAUCCCAUAUUUUUAAGCGGGGAUGUUAUAACCAAAAUGAAAUCAUACAGAAUUAUUGGAAGAGAAGAGUUUACAUUUACAAAAUAAAGUUCUUUCUCUCAAGAACACGCCGGAUCAGGCGACGAUUAGACCUGUUGGAAGUGGAGCUCUCCAAAAGGAUUAACUGA